AUGCAUCUCACAGCGGUGGUCUUAAUUCUGGUCGUGACGGGCAUCGCCAAAGGUUGGGAAUGCAACGCAGGGUGUAACACAGAAAAUGGGUUUUGUGAGAAGCCAGGGAAGUGCAGGUGCAAACCAGGGUGGCAAGGAGACAACUGCGACCGGUGCGUUCCUUUCCCUGGCUGCCUGCACGGCUCAUGUGAAAAAGCCUGGCAGUGUAACUGCGAGGAGGGCUGGGUGGGUAGCCUGUGUGACAAAGAUACUCGGCUGUGCUCAUCCAGGCCUUGUGCUGGUAAUGCCACCUGCAUAGAGACGGGAGAAGGGGGAUACCUGUGCAUCUGUCCCCAUGGCUACGCUGGUGAAAACUGCCACCUGAAGAGAGGACUAUGUCUCACAAACGGCUCUCCUUGUCAGAACGGAGGCACAUGUACAGAUACGGAUGGCUCAGCAGCUGAUUCUUCCUGUCAAUGUCCCUCUGGAUAUGCUGGAGACUUCUGUGAAAUCAGUGUUGACAGCUGCAAACCUAACCCCUGCCUAAACGGUGGCAACUGUACAAACCACAGUCUGGCCUUCGCGUGUAUCUGUCCACACGGCUUCACUGGUUUCACUUGUAAUGACACCACCAGCCUCUCUCCUUGCGCCGGAAGGCCAUGUGCCAAUGGAGCCACGUGUGUCGGUCAACCUGAUGGAACGUUCAGGUGUGUUUGCCAGAAAUGGUUUACAGGUCCCACGUGUUCGCUACAACACAGACCGAAGGCCAGGUCCAAACCGGUUGGUGCCAGACCUGCAGAACACAGAGUGUUCGCGCUGACCCCGCAGCACUACUCUCUCCCUGCUCACGCCUUCCACAAGCUCCUCAGACCACCAGAGAGAGACCUGCUCAAGAUAACUCUGAAGGAGACCGUACACUCCCCUGGUGUGCUGGUCACCCACGGUCAGCUCAUCUGCUUCGGCAUGCUGGCCUUGCUAACCUGCCUUGUCAUCCUGGGCACUACAGGCAUUGUGUUUUUUGGCCGGUGUGAGACGUGGCUGGCUAAUGCAAAGUACAGCCAGCUUGUUCGGCAGCAAAGGGAACACCUGCUGAGAGAGGCAGGAAGUGCAAGCCAGGACGAGCCAGAGCAUUCAGUAAACAUCAUUCUGCCAGAGAAAAUUAGGCUCACCAGCUUUGGGAGACACUACACCUCCAUCUGA